GAAACCUGAGCGAUAAACGCGUCCGAGUCAGAGUCAGGAGCGCGCGCGGAGUGUUGGUGAUGCACGAGCUUCAAUCGCAAUACGGACAUUACAAAUAAGUCCAGCAGAAGAAUUAUUCACAAGCAGAAAUGACCUGUGUUCAAAGCCAACAUGGAGUCCAGCCUUAUGAGAGCAUGCUCUACUGCUCAGAGCUUAUGAACCCUGACUUCACCUCCAGGUUGGCCAUGGACGUGAGCGAACAGCGGGAGCAGCUCUCCACAUCCUCUCUGCCGAGCAUCACCUCUCUGGUGGGAGGCUACGGGGGAGAAUUUGAUACCUACUCCUGCCCACUUGCCACUGCAUCAACCUGCACCGGUGCCACCUCGGGCCAGGACUCCUUCAAGCUGGACGACCUCCAGGUUUAUGGCUGCUACCCCGGCACAUUCACCUUCAGCUAUAUGGACGAUGCGCUGUCUACGUCAGGUGGCUCGAACUGUUUUGGCAGCCCCGUCUCGGCUCCUUCACCCUCAACCCCGGGUUUCCAGUCAGUGCCUUCCUGGGAUGGGGCGUAUGGAUCCUGCUCCCCUGACGCAGGCUGCUGGGGUUCAGAGAAGACACCUCUUCCUCAGGCCCCUUCCUUUUUCACUUUUGGACCUGUUUCAGCGGAAGACAUGUCUCCUCUAGGGCAGCUGCAGCAGCAUCAACUUCCUGAUCAAGAUCCCUUUUCUCUGAGCCAUCAGAACCAUCCACUCAGGCUGGAUCACAACAGCAGGGACAGUUCAGUCCUGGUGGACAAUCAGCUGUCUCCCAAAAUCAAGAGUCCAACAGGAAAUGAAGGGUGCUGUGCGGUUUGUGGGGACAACGCCUCCUGCCAGCACUAUGGAGUGCGCACGUGUGAGGGCUGCAAGGGCUUCUUUAAGCGUACAGUACAGAAAAAUGCCAAGUACGUAUGCCUAGCUAAUAAAGACUGUCCAGUGGACAAACGGCGGCGGAACAGGUGCCAGUUCUGUCGCUUUCAGAAGUGCCUGGCAGUAGGAAUGGUGAAAGAAGUUGUAAGAACAGACAACCUAAAGGGCAGAAGGGGUCGUUUGCCUUCUAAGCCAAAACCAGUCACGGAAUCAGCAUCUGCUUUGCCUUCUGGAAACAUCAUCACCUCUCUUGUGAAUGCUCACAUGGAGUCAAACCCAGCCAUCACAAAACUGGACUACUCAAAGUAUCAGCAGACAGUGGCUAGCGUGUCUGAAAAGGAGGACGCCAGUGACAUCCAGCAGUUUUACGACCUGCUGACCGGGUCUAUGAGCGUGAUCAGAAAGUGGGCAGAAAGCAUCCCAGGAUUCACUGCCUUCUCUAAGGAGGACCAGGACUUGCUCUUCGAAUCAGCCUUUGUCGAGCUCUUCAUAUUACGACUAGCUUACAGAUCACACCCAGAGACGGACAAACUGAUCUUCUGCAACGGCGUGGUUCUUCACCGCAUGCAGUGUGUGCGGGGAUUUGGCGAGUGGAUCGACUCCAUCAUGGAAUUCUCGCAGAAUUUGCAUCGUCUGAACCUGGACGUGGCGUCGUUCUCCUGUCUCGCCACACUAGUCAUUAUAACAGAUCGACACGGCCUGAAGGAACCCAAACGGGUUGAGGAUAUCCAGAACCAUCUAAUAACAUGCCUCAAAGACCACGUUGCGACGAUUGUCUCAGAAGCAGCACGCUGCAACUACCUGUCCCGGCUGCUGGGGAAACUGCCCGAACUCAGGACACUGUGUACUCAAGGCUUUCAGCGCAUCUUCUACCUUAAACUCGAAGACCUUGUCCCACCUCCUCCGAUUGUGGAUAAGAUCUUCAUGGACACGUUGCCUUUCUGAAUCUGACUGCGAUGCUAUUUAAAGACACGAUUUUAAACAAAGACUUGCAUUUGAUGUGAACAAAAGCACAGCAGAGCAGAGGAGAGAUGUGGAAGCACUUGACUAAUCCUGGCAGCUCUGUUUUCUUUUAGGCAUAUGACUAUGAUCCUCUCAACAGUGGUCAGAAAGAUGUUCAGUGAACAUUCUGGAAAAUCUCGCAGCAAAAAAAAAAAAAAAAAAAAAAAAAAAAAAAAAGCAAUCACCAAUUCUCCCUAGGUGUAUUGAACUCCACAUUAUGUUUCAGACUUUUGGAAUCGUGGCUUUGUCAUGAACUUAAACGACAAAAAUCAGUGAUUUUGUGCAGCUUGACAAUUGAACAUGAUACAUGGUGUGGGUGUGGGUGUGUGCGUGUGCGUGUGCGUGUGUGUGUGUGUGUGUGUGAAAGGAAUCAAAACCUCUCACUUAAACAGUAUUAGAGCUUUAUAACUUCAGGAUACGAUGAUACUGAUGUCAGCAACAUCCAGAAAACUCAAUGGUGCUUUAAUAUCACACCUGUGGUUUAUUUAAAAAAAAAAAAAAAAAAAAACCCCAUGGACCAAAACCGAUAUUGUUUAUGUGGUUGCACAAAAUGACUAAAUAAAGCCUUAUAUAUCCAUUAAGACAUGAGACUUAAAUUUAACAGGAGCAAAGAAUGGAUGCGAAAGCAAAUGGGAAAAAAAAAUCAUAUGAACUGUUGUUAGAAUCAGAUUUAAAUGCCAUGCGCUGUGCAGGAAACAAAAGGCACACCUGCUAGACGUUUCUUCAUUACAUGUACAGCUGAAGUUUACUCCUUACUUGGAUUAAAACCAACCUGUUUUGUUUUUGUUUUUGCAUACCCAUUCACAUCUCUAAGUGACGAUAAUGACAAUACAUUUCCAUCUAAACAUUUCUAAAGAUGUCCAGUGAUUUUCUGGUGUGGUUUUUUUUUUUUUUGUUUGUUUGUUUGCUUUCGCAAGCCAUGUAAUUCUGAGUUUUAUCACGGACUGAAGAAUUUGUUUAGUGUGCCAGCCAGACUUCAGCAUAUUCAUAUUUGUAUGUACUGUAUGUACAGAAAUGGCUUGAUAUGCUAUAUAUUUUUGUCUUUAUACUGGCAUAGUGAAAAUGUCUGGGCAUUAUAGUGUUUUUUUAUAUAAUAUUUUUUUUAUUCUUAGAUGUUUGCUAUCUUUCAUUAUUAAUGUUGUUCAGCACUAUACAUUAAAAAUUAUGAGCAAUCA